GACCAUUUCGGUUGAACCAGGCCUUAACUUUGUUCUCCUCUGGCGUUACACAGAACCCUAAGCCAAUAAUCCAAUGGAGAACAUUCUCGGGGAUGUCAGCAGCACCACCACCGUGAAGCUGCCGCCGAGCCCGACGCCAGGACCGACCAACUGCAGUGCGUGGGACCAACAGUGGGGGGCGCCAUAUCUGCACAGGCUGGCGCACCUCGAUGCUCAGCUCUAUCAGGAUUACUAUGCAGUGUGGCUCUCACUUCUGGUGUCCAACUGCCUGAUGCUGGUGAUCGGCGUGGUCCUCAACAGCCUGGCCCUCUACGUGUUCUGCGGCGCGUCCACCCAGUCCUCCGCGCCAGUGGUUUACACGAUAAACCUCGCGAUAGCCGACCUACUGGUGGCGCUGUCGCUCUCCGCGCGCAUCGCGCUCUACCACAGCGGCGGGAGCUGCCUGGCCUGCUCCUACGUGCACAACUUCAGCUACUUCGUCAACAUGUACUGUAGCAUCCUCUUCUUGACCAGCAUCUGCAUCGACCGCUACCUGGCAGUGGUGCACGCCUCGGGCACGCUGCACCGGUGGAGGACGGCGGGAGCGGCCCGCUGCCUCAGUGCUCUAGUGUGGUUCAUCGCUGUGGUGGUCACCUACUCCUUCCAGACCGCGGCGCUAGAGUUCGGCACCUCCUGCGUGCUGCUCCCCGCCCUCUUCUACCUGACGGUGCUGGAGUUCCUGCUGCCCCUGCUGGCCGUGGUGGGCUUCACCCUGCGCGUGGCCUGCUUCCUCAGCUCCGCCCCCUCCGGCCGGGGCCACGCCCCCAUGCCCCGCCAGAGCCUGGAGCGGCGGGCGCGCGCCGUGCGGCUCCUGGCCACCGUGCUGGUGGUGUUCACUGUGUGCUUCACGCCCUUCCACGUGCGGCAGGCCCUGGUCUACUUCCGGGUGAGAGGCGGGGGAGGGGGAGGAGCUAGAGGAGGAGGAGGAGAGGGGGAGGGGCCAGGGAAGGAGGCGGGGCAGGUGCUGGCCUAUCACGUGACGGUGACGCUGAGCAGCCUCAACAGCUGCCUGGACCCCGUGGUGUACUGCUUCGUGACGGACAGCUUCAAGAGGCUGUGGCGCCGCAGGAUGAGGAGGAGGAGGGGCAGGGGGGGCUGGCGGAGGGGGGGGUGGGCGACCGGGGAGGAGGAGGAAGGGGAGGAGGGGAGGACGAGCCGCGGGGCGGCGGGGGGCUCGACGGUGGCGAUAGGGGGUGGAGGAGGAGGAGGAGGAGAGAUGCCGUCGGUGAAGAAGUGUUCAGGGACAGCCAUGGCGCUGGCUCAGAGUGUGGCCACGCUCACGCUGGCCUCCGUGCCCGGACCCUCCCCCGCCUCCUCCAACCUCGCUCGGGAGCACUCCGCCUAGAGGACCUCCAGGUAGACCUCCAUGCCCAAGGAGGAGGAGGAAGAGGAGCUGGUGCCAUGCUCAGCAGAGAGACAUAGCGAUAAAGGGAUGACAUAGCAGAAGAGUUGCUACGGAAGAGAAUGAUGAGGUCAGAUAACGGAGCCUGCAUCUUGUAUUAAUGGCUGAAGUCUAUCCUUUGGGUAUUUGAGGGCCUUUUAGUGCAGGUGUGUCAGUCCUUUUGGUUGAUUUCUCAACAAGCUGACAUAGUCCAUCAGUAAGAACUAGAUAAAGUAGAAUUUCAACGAUAGAGAAGUAAACCAACUCAGUCCCCUUGGAUUAUUCUAAAAUUGUUCGAUCGAUAAUUCCAAAUUUGUUUAGAGAACGGCUCUGGGACAUUCUGAGUCUAUGAUGGCCCGUGUGAUCGUACGAGUGAAACAGAGACUGAGGCAAACGUGCUGAUGUAGGGGAAGGACAGUGUGCAACGGAGCUGCCCUCUCAGAGCGAACGCAUUUAAGAGGCUGGAGACGGAGCCUGCCCUCAACAGAAUAAACUGUUGUAGUCGUAACUUUCCCCAGAGCUUAUUGUAAAACCACUCUCCGCGCCUCGUGUUUACCUGUUCGUCUCAUCGUGUCUGGACGGAGACGCGAUGUUUGCCGUUUCUAUAGCGAUCCUCGUAUCCCAGGAGUAUUCCAGGAAAUCCUGCGGACGCUGAUAACAUUGUUUACGUGAUGGAAGUUACUAAGUGAGGUUUCGUUCAUUGUUUCCUCUUUUGAAUCACAUGGAAGUUGUUCACGACGUGGCACAUUAUGAAACAAAGUUUGACUGACACGCUAAGUUGUCAAACGCAGUCGACGCGUCUGGGAUAGUACAUUGAGAUUGUGGAAGCCAUUGCCCUAUACUCUUUCCCUUUCACUAAUUAUAAGUGGACCAAUACAAGUGUAUUCAUGACUUAAAACUUUAGUAAUUGUAUUUUUUUCAUAUUUUAUAUCACAUAAUGUACUCAAAAACCAAAGAAAUUACUUCGGAAUUUGUAAUUGUCAGACUCUAAAAUAAAGUUUAUUUUAUUUUGUA